AUGUUGCAGGCCCGGCUGUGGCUGCUGCUGGCGCUGCUGGCCGGGCGCUGGCUGUGCCGGGGCCGAGCUGGGCUGUGCCAGGACGGGCUGGAACCGCGAGAGAUCUGGGGAGGGGGCACCAAGUGCUGCCCCCACUGCACCUGGAGGGCAGGAGAUGCCACCCCCUGCGAGGCAUCGCCGGACCACGACUGCAAAUGUCCCGAGGGCUUCGGCUGCUCCGACAAACCCUGCCAGUUCUGCCAGAGACUGCCCCGCUGUGAGCCGGGCUGGGAGCCCCGCAGGAUCGGAACGGAGAAUUUCCAGUUCGAGUGCAAACCCUGCGAGAACGGCUUCUACUCCAGCAGCAGGAACAGCCAGUGCCGCAACUGGACUGACUGUGAGAGCAGCGGGUACGUCACGCUCCGGGCAGGGAACAGCACCCACAACUCCGUGUGCAGCCUUCCCGUGGGACCUCUGGAGAGAGCUUGGAUUCCCCUGGAAUUCCCAUCCAGCACCAUCCUGGCCAUCCUGACGGCUGUGGCCGUGUUUGUGCUCAUCCUGCUCACGUUCCUGCUGCACUUCUGCAUCUGGAGCCUCCGCAGGGACAAGAAAUUCCCAGCUGCAGAUUUGGGACUGAGCUUCCCUCGGCCGCUGCCGCUGCAGGGGGAGGAGUCGCACAGCAUCCAAUUCCCGGAGGAGGAGCACGGCGACAAAACCGCCGAGGAAAAAAUCUCCAGCCUCUCCCUCAAAGUCUACAGCGAGCUCAGAUAACGGGAUCCUGCUCUGGGACCACUGGCAAUUCGGGAUUACAAAAAACAAACAAACAAAACACCAAAAAAAAACCCUCAAAAAAACGGGAACGGGAUGAAUGGGAUGAAUGGGAUGGGGCGUGAAACAUCUCCAUAGAAAAAUGAGAUUUUACAUUUUACACUUCCCAGUUUCCAUCUCCCAGUUUCACAAUUUCAACUUUCCAGUUUCCCAAUUUCCACCUCCCAGUUCACAAUUUCCAUCUCCCAAUUUCCACCUCCCAGUUCCCAAUUUCCAUCUCCCACUUUCCCAGUUUCCAUCUCCCAGUUCCCA